CCUCCCUCAAGGCCUCAACCACAAUAAAAAAAGUUCAACACCCAAAAAAAAAAACAAUGACGAUUCAAUAAGAUGUUUCUAGAAGCAUACUCUAGAGGUGUCGAGUAUUUGGUAAUUUAUUAAAUUUACACAUAAACCCCUGACCACUCCUCUGCUUCAAUAUUUAAGCCCCUCCCAUUUUUUCUCUCUCUCUCCUCCGCCCUCGCAAUACUAGAACGCACACCUCCUCCUCUUCUCAAAAGUGUGCUCAUUUAGGGGAUUUUUCUCAUUCACGUCGUUUCUCUCUCCUUUUCUCCGCCGUCCGAUCCUCUUUUCCGCCACCGCGUCCGUUAGAUCAAAGGUUGACCGCGUGUUGCUUUAAAGAUGAGUGUGGUUGGAUUUGAUUUUGGCAAUGAGAGUUGUGUCGUUGCUGUCGCAAGGCAAAGAGGAAUUGAUGUUGUUCUCAAUGAUGAAUCUAACCGGGAGACACCGUCAAUUGUUUGCUUUGGUGAGAAGCAGCGGUUUAUUGGAACAGCUGGAGCUGCGUCGGCAAUGAUGAACCCAAAAACCACUAUUACCCAGAUCAAAAGAUUAAUAGGUCGGCAGUUUUCUGACCCUGAGCUGCAAAGGGAUAUCAAAUCUAUGCCAUUCAAGGUGACUGAAGGGCCUGAUGGAUUUCCCUUGAUUGAGGUGAGGUAUCUGGGGGAAACCAGGACAUUUACCCCCACUCAGCUCUUGGGAAUGCUGUUUUCAAAUUUGAAGGGUAUAGCAGAAAAAAAUUUGAAUGCUGCAGUUGUUGAUUGCUGCAUUGGAAUCCCAACUUACUUCACUGAUCUCCAACGAAGAGCUGUCAUAGAUGCAGCUACAAUUGCUGGAUUGCAUCCUUUGAGAUUGAUUCAUGAAACCACGGCUACUGCUUUGGCUUAUGGAAUCUACAAGACAGAUCUUCCUGAAAAUGACCCAAUAAACAUUGUGUUCGUGGAUAUUGGACAUUCAAGCCUACAAGUCUGCAUUGCGUCUUUCAAGAAAGCCCAACUCAAAGUAUUGGCUCAUGCAUUUGACCGGUCUUUGGGUGGCCGUGACUUUGACGAGGCUCUUUUCCAGCAUUUUGCUGCCAAGUUCAAGGAAGAGUAUAAAAUUGACGUGUAUCAGAAUGCCAGAGCUUGCCUCCGUCUCAGAUCAUCCUGUGAGAAGUUAAAAAAGGUUCUCAGUGCCAAUCCAGAGGCCCCAUUGAACAUUGAGUGCCUUAUGGAGGAGAAGGAUGUGAGAGGGUUUAUCAAAAGGGAGGAGUUUGAGCAAAUCAGUUUACCAAUUUUGGAGCGAGUCAAGAAGCCUUUGGAAAAGGCUCUUGCAGAUGCAGGUCUUUCAGUUGAAAAUAUACAUGCCGUUGAGUUGGUAGGCUCCGCUUCUAGGAUUCCUUCUGUGUUGAAGAUAUUGACUGAGUUCUUUGGUAAGGAUCCUCGCCGCACAAUGAAUGCCAGUGAGUGUGUCGCAAAGGGCUGUGCUUUACAGUGUGCAAUUCUCAGCCCUACAUUCAAAGUAAAAGAGUUUCAGGUUAAUGAAAGUUUCCCGUUUCCCAUUUCAUUGUCAUGGAAAGGUGUUGCUGCUGAUGGUCAGAAUGGGGCUGCAGAGGGGCAGCAAACAACCAUUGUAAUUCCCAAAGGGAGUCCCAUACCUUGUGUGAAGGCUGUAACAAUGCUUCGGUCAGGUACAUUUACCGUUGAUGUGCAGUAUGCUGAUGUCAGUGAGUUGCAGGCUCCUGCGAAGAUCAGUUCCUACACGAUUGGCCCUUUUCAAUCGAGCAACGGUGAUCGUGCAAAGCUUAAGGUCAGAGUGCGGUUGAGUCUGCAUGGAAUUGUGUCGAUUGAAUCAGCAACGCUUUUGGAGGAGGAAGAAGUUGAGGUUCCUGUCGUUAAAGAGACUGCUAAAAUGGACACUGAUGAUGCUCCAACUGAGACUCCCUCUGGUGAAGCUGAUGUAAACAUGCAAGAUGUUAAGGGUGGUGCGGAAAUUCCAUCUGCAGAGAAUGGUACCCCUGAAUCAGCAGAGAAGUCUACUUCUGAAGGUGAUGACAAGACAGUACAGAUGGAUACUGAUGUCAAGGCUGAUGCUUUAAAGAAGAAGGUAAAGAAAAUAACUGUCCCGGUAUCUGAGCUGGUUCAUGGUGGUUUGUCCCAAGGUGAUCUACAGAAAGCAGUUGAGAAGGAGUUUGAAUUGGCUUUGCAAGAUCGUGUAAUGGAGGAAACAAAAGACCGUAAAAACGCUGUUGAAGCCUACGUCUAUGACAUGAGAAACAAGCUUAAUGACAAAUACCAUGACUUUGUCGAUCCCUCUGAGAAAGAGAAGUUUAUUGCUAGACUUCAAGAGGUGGAAGACUGGUUGUAUGAGGAUGGUGAGGAUGAAAUCAAAAGUGUCUACGUUGCGAAGCUUGAAGAACUGAAAAAGCAAGGUGACCCCAUUGAGGAACGUUACAAGGACAGUAUGGAGCGGGGAAAUGUUAUCAACCAGCUUACACAUUGUUUCCAAAGUUUUAGAGAAGCUGCAGCGUCGAAUGAUCCCAAAUUCGACCACAUUGAUAUUGCAGAAAAACAGAAGGUCAUAAAUGCCUGUUCGGAAGCAGAAUUAUGGCUCGGAGAGAAGAAGCAACAACAGGAUGCACUUCCUAAAUAUGCUACCCCUGCCCUAAGGUCUGCGGAUGUGGUCAAGAAAAGUGAGGAGGUUGACAGGUUGUGUAGACCGAUAAUGACAAAACCCAAACCUACCCCACCAAAACCAGCCACUCCUGAGCCACAACAGCCUCAGCAGGCUCAAAGCGGUGAGGCCCCUUCUCCAGGCGGAGACACCGAUUCUGGUGCUAACGACAGCAACGAGACACCAGAUGCCGAGCCUAUGGAAACCGAAAAGCCUGAAAAUGCUGCUUAAGUUGAUGUAAUUCGGUUUGCUCCGGCAUGAUUCGCUUGUUUUCUUGUCCAGAUUCGCUUUUCUUUUUGGGAGGGGCCGCCUCCAACGCGGAGGAGCAACCAGAGACGUUUUUGUUCUUCAUCCGGUUUAGAAAGAUUGUAAUAUUGUUUUUGGUAUUAGGGGAAGUGCUUGAUAUCUACUUUAUAGGUUGGAAAGGGUAUGUGACAAAGUUCCUUUGAAAUCCAGUUUUAUGGAUGGUUUUUAAGGGGAUGUUGAGGUUAAAUGCUUUAUUUUGGAUUAUCUCUUCUAUUUGUUACUUGGAAAGUAGUAUUUCUAAGCUAUUUUUAAGUUCAUUUCUACAAAAAUGAUUUAUUGGACUCA